AUGGCCACAGAUUUCACAGUCCUCUCUGAUGCUGCUGUCCAGGCACUUUUCCGUGCAUUUACCAAGGAUGACGUCAAGUUCAUGGCCGAAGCGCUUCGUUCUGCUUUCCAUGCCUACUCUACUGCCGAAGAAAGCAAGUAUCAGCUACAUCGCUCAGCGAUCACUCGUCCCUCAGGUCGCACUACUUUGUUCAUGCCUUCGACACUUGAGAUUGGUUCAUCAGUCAAGAUGGUCGGUGUUCCUGCACCGGGGGAGGAUAGCACUCUCCGCUGCACAUUGACCAUCUGCGACAAUAUUGGACAGUGCAUUGGCGUCAUCAAUGCUGGGGAAUUCACCGCCUUCAGAACUUCAUUGGGGGCAAUGCUCAUCUUUGAUCAAAGAACGCGAGUUGGAAACAUCGUCAUCUUCGGUGCUGGCAAGCAAGCUUUCUGGCACCUCCGUCUCGCAAUAAUCCUGCGCGGCAAAAAUAUCGAGUGUAUCACAGUCAUCAAUCGCUCUCAAGCACGUGGGUCACAAAUGGUCCAUCGGGUCAAGCAGGAAUGUGGUAACGCCGCAGAUCACAUUGUAUUCCAUAUUGUUGAGGCUGGCGACAAGUCUCGAGAGCAUACAUACCAUGGGGACAUUCAAUGUGCCGACGUGAUCUUCUGCACUACGCCUAGCACGGAGCCCCUUUUCAGCACUGAAGUCCUCGCGGCUUCUUCCCAAAGUAAGCGCUAUAUCUCAGCGAUUGGAUCUUACAGGCUCGAUAUGCAAGAGAUCCCUCCCGAUUACUUACAAUGGUAUACAAAGCUCGAAUGUCGAGAGAUUCUCGUGGAUAGUGGAGAGGCGGCAUACUUAGAGGCUGGUGAGAUCGUCAAAGCAGACAUAAAGCCUGAACAUAUCCUGGAGAUGGGUCAGUUGGUAGAAAGGGAGAGGACCACGACCGGUGAGGCGGUAAGGUCGUUACAGGAUUGGCUCGAGAACGAUAAUGUGGUAUAUAAGAGUGUUGGCCUAGGAAUCAUGGAUCUUGCACUGGGCAAAGCUCUAAUUGACCUGGCGAGAGAACGGGGCGUGGGUGUUCGAUUGGUCGAUUUCUGA